AUGCUCAGCUGUUUACUGGAGUACGGCAUGACAGACUGGGAGCUCCGCCGGUAUGAAGCCACCAAGUGGGUCGCCACAAACGCCACUGCCAUGAGCCGAGAUACCGUGAACAGCGACAUGUUCCACAAACUCUUCCUGUACAUCAGCGGGAACAACGUCAAAGGUGUGAAGAUCCCAAUGACCGCCCCUGUAGCCACACAGGUUAUCCACGGAGCUGGACCUAACUGUGAGAGCGACUUCGUCAUGCACUUUAUGUUGCCUCACGCUUACUGGCCGUCUCCGAUACAGCCCAAAGACGCCUCAGUUUUCAUUGCAGAGAUGCCUGCUAUGGAUGUGUAUGUGAGGUGAGCAUCGUGCCUGGAGAGAAAAACUUUUUAUGUAGAUGUUUUAACCACCCCCCCCUCCCCCCACCCGCCAAUCGGCAC